AUUCUGUAAUGCCUCGCGAAAUCAUCACACUUCAAGUUGGAUAAUGCGGUAAUUAAAGUAAGUAUUAAAUGAAAUACAUUUAGUUGGUAUUGAGUUUUGGAAACAAUUAAUAAAAGAGCACGGCAUAAAUAAUGAGGGAAUUUUGGAGGAAUUUGCACUUUAAGGAGAUGAUAGAAAAGAUGUAUUUUUCUAUUAAGCAGAUGAUGAACAUUACAUACCAAGAGCAUUAUUAAUUGAUAUGGAACCUAGAGUUAUAAACUAUAUAUAAACAUCCCAAUUUUCAACUCUAUUCAAUCCAGAGAAUAUAUUCAUUUCAAAAGAUGGAGGUGGAGCUGGAAAUAAUUGGGCUUGUGGUUAUUCAUAAGGUGAAAAAUAUUAAGAAGAGUUAAUGGAAAUGAUAGAUAGAGAAGCAGAUGGAUCAGAUAGUUUAGAAGGAUUUCUUAUGCUUCAUUCUAUUGCUGGUGGUACAGGUUCAGGAUCAGGAUCUUAUGUACUUGAAAGAUUGAAUGAUCGUUUUCCUAAGAAAAUCAUUCAAACAUAUUCAGUCUUUCCUAAUUAAAAUGAGACUAGUGAUGUUGUUGUUCAACCAUACAAUUCUUUACUUACAUUACGUAGAUUAGCUUAAAAUGCUGAUGCUGUUGUUGUUUUAGAUAACACUGCCCUCAAUAGAAUUGCUGUAGACAGACUUAAAAUACCCAUACCAACUGUAUCAUAGACUAAUUCUCUUGUUGCUAUGGUUAUGGCAGCUUCCACUACUACACUUAGAUAUCCUGGAUAUAUGAAUAAUGAUUUAGUUAGUAUUUUGGCUGGGUUAGUACCAACUCCAAGAUGUCAUUUCCUUAUGACUGGAUAUACUCCUUUAACUAUUGAUAGACAUGUAUUUUUAUAAUUAAACAUUAGAUUUCAUCUGUAAGAAAAACUACUGUUUUAGAUGUUAUGAGAAGAUUACUCCAAACUAAAAAUAUUAUGGUUUCUACUUCUACCAAAAAUGGCAAUUAUAUUUCCAUCCUCAAUAUCAUUCAAGGAGACGUCGAUGCCACUCAAAUCCAUAAAAGUUUAUAAAGAAUUAGAGAACGCAAACUUGCCAGUUUCAUUGAAUGGGGUCCUACUUCUAUUCAAGUUGCACUAUCAAAGAAGAGUCCAUAUAUUGAAACCUCUCAUAAAGUCAGUGGACUUAUGUUGGCUAAUCAUACUAGCAUUCACUCAGUUAAAUAUAUUUAUAAUUUUUUAGCUUUUUGAUAGAAUAUUAAAACAAUAUCACAAACUUAGAAAUAGAAAUGCUUUCCUAGAUUAAUACAAAAAGGAGCCUAUGUUUAAAGAUUCCCUUGAUGAAUUCGAUGAAUCUAGAGAAUGUUUAGAAUCCCUCAUUAGUGAAUACAAAGCAGCUGAAUCAAAAAAUUACUUAGAUUGGGGUAAUGAUGACAAUAUGAGAAUCGAAGAACAAUAGUGAAAAAUAUAUAAUUUAUUAAUU